AUGUCCUCGCGCAUAAUACCGAACAUCCUGGAUCCCCUCACCUCAUCGGCACUGAACAAGCUGCACGAACCAACCCCUCCAACACUGAAGCGCAAGAGAAGCGACGAUGGCGAGAUCUACAAUGCUGCUGGUCAGCUCGCGACCUCUUCAAUUGUCAUCAGAGCCCACGCAGCUUCACUAUCAGACCACCCUCUAACCCUCGAACCAAUAACUAUGCUUCCCCGCUCCCACCUCCCCCUCUCCUGGCUAGACGAUACACCGUCCUCUCGCUCAGACGAUGAACCAGGCGGCCUCUUCACAGCGGAUAUCCCCACACUGGAAUUUGACCUGUGCGCCAAAGCCGUACCUACCGUGCUUGCAGUUCGUCUACUUGCAAAUGGUGGAUUGUACAUUGUCGAGCGUGUAAAGAGGGGUAUAUACUCGCUCUCUAAACUUGCGCGAUGGGUUCACGAGGGUAAUCUUGUCGUUGCGGGGAAGGGGUGGGAGGGUACAGAUGCAGAUAUGGAUAUGGAUAACAGGGAUGGCAUUAUCGGCGAGUCUACUGUCAUGCCGGAUAAAUAUGACUGGUGGCAAGCUGCUCAGAUCGACGAGCCCAUAUCUAAUCUUGAUAUACAAAGUGGGAGCGGGGUGGGUGACAAGCCUGCGCUGCAUUUUGCGCUUGUCUUUGGUUCAGCUGAGGAUGAUGUCAGUGUUGCGGAGGCCUCGUUUGUGGGUGUUUUCGAGCAUCGGAGUCAUUCGCUUGCGCCAUCUAGGAGCUUUGAUGCUGCUGAUGGUGAUCCGUUUGUUACUGAUUCUAAUGGUCUUGCGGAUGGUGGGGAGGCUAUGGAUGUUGAUGGGGUUGAGUCUCAUGUUGUGGAUGUACAGCAGUCGCCUGAGGAGUUGCUGGAAGGGAUGCGGGAUCAUUAUUUGCGGGCUCUUUAUGUUUCAAAGACUUCUGUCGCAUACUUUGCUAAGGGUCCGUUAACGCGCUGUCGGAAUGCUUUCCAGGCUCGGGAUACCGAGCAAUCGCAUGGGUCUGCGGAGCUUGUUGAGUUUUAUCGUGAGGCUAUUCUUGCAGCCAAGAAGAUGGAUCUCAAAUAUAGAGAGGCGGUGCCAUCUGCAGUUCGCGAUGCUAUCCUAGCUGACUCUGAUGAUGGUGCGAAAUCCAAGAAGCGGAAGAGCAAGAAGAAGAAGCUGGGUAAGAAUGGUCUGUAUCCAGAGGAGGAAGGGUUUAUCCAUCGAUGGUGGAAGGGCAGACUCAUGAACGAGUCCUCAGCUCAGGACUCGCGUGAAGCAGAGUCCAAGAAGCAAAUAUCUGAUCUCCGGCUUCGUGAGACGCAGCUGCAGAUUCUCUUAGUUCUCGAAGUCAUGGUAUUGGAAAUGGGCAUUGUUUCGUCAGAAAAGAACAACGCCGACAAGGACAAAGGACUAGAAGGCGAGAAACAAACAUCGAAGAAAUCCAAGGCCAAGAAACCUCAGGAUUUGAACGUGCUUCUCGAGCUCCACCUCGACCGAAUGUGCAUUUGGCAUGCUGUGAGCAUGGAAGAUACAUCUGCUGCCGAUACAGCAAAGGCAUCUUCCUUUAGCACGAGCCAUAUGUCAGGCAAGAAACUCGAAAGUGACGCAGUGCGUGACUUUUGCACAGAAGUCAUUAUUCCCUUCUACGCCGCGCGUGUCCCCGAUAAGUGCAAGCUGAUCACACGCAAAUUCGGUGUAUCUGGUGGAAUCUCUCCGGCCUCUAAGAAAUCGCAGUCAAGCAAAGCGCCCCGAGUGGAACCUGGCGCAGAAGUCAAGCGACAGCAGCCAGCACAAAAGCCGCGGCGGACAUUGCAGCGUGUGCUUACAGACGAGAAAGCGGCAGCGUCCCUUGUCCGACACCCGGGGCUCAGUCGCUCCAAUACAGCCCCGUCGCAGCACAAUCUGAAGCGCGAUACAGCGGAGCCUUUGCUGCCUACUGUCCUGAGUGGCAGUGUUCGGGGUGGUAUUCACAAAGCGAAGCGCACGGAGAACCGAGAAGUUGACCUCAAUGCUGUGGCGCGGCAACAUGAAACGAAAUUGCGAAAGGUCCAGAUGCUGAUUGAUCAGAAGAAGGAGCUAGAUGCUGCUAUUCACGCUCUGCGGAAACCCAACAGAGAACUCGUCUCCAAGGACAUCGCAGAAGAUGCAGUCAAGCGAAUUACGGCUAGUGGAGGCAGCUCAAGAAAGUCAAAGAACCCUGUGCGCAAUCCAUUCGGUGAAGGCGUACAGGUCAUGGCGACUCCACGAGGCAACCGAAGGAAGGAGGUGGUAGGUCUACCCUCAUUGCCUCGCAGUCUGGCUCCGUCGCGAUCAUUCGCGGGUGUGGAGAACUCUCCUCUCGGCGAGUCUCCGCUCAUGGUUCCCUCUUCAAGUCGACGGGCGAUAUCUUUCUCUGGCGCUGAUUCCGAUCCAUUUAACACGCAUGAUGGUCCCAACGGACGGAGUCCGCGAUCCAGUCAGCCCGACGGGGCUGUCCAGGAAACUCCCACGAGGCCUUCUUCCAAAAUCUUCCAGAGUACAAGUGGACUCGGAGACUCCAUGGCUUCCCGUCGACCGUCUUCCUCAACUGGGAAAGGUCUCUUCCGGGUACCCAAUCUCCCUGCUCCCCGCUCUACCACCCAAUCAAUGGUCCCAGGUACACCUGUCCAUUCGCGCCAUAAGACAGUUUCCGCAUCAACGGAAAACAUGUCCUCGUCUCAACAGCUCAGUCAGUCUCUCAGCAAUGCUCAAUUUUCGGCCAUCAUGGAAACGCCCCCGAAGAAGCGUGCACUGCAGGAGACACCAACCACACCCUCUAUGCCCUUCCCUACAUCCCUCGACGCCAUGGUCGUCGAUUCUCCUCGUGCACACUCUCCGCCAGCAGUCAUGGGGACGCCAGUCAAAGGCCCUGUGGCUGUGCCAGUGACACCCGACAAAUCGCAGUCCAAGUCGAUCUACGAGCAACUUGGCUGGGAUGACGAGAUGGACUUUUAA